UUCUUGAAGUUCGAAGCCGCAUGCAAUGCAUACACGCAUAACUUUCUGAGUCAACUCAGCAGAUAAGAUUGACCGAAACUGUUUGAAAUGAAAGAAUGCAGCCACCACCACCACCCUAUUCAUCACUCACAAUCACAACAACUAGUACUCUUCUUCUCACAAUGAAGAUAAAAACAACAUCACCACUGAGAAACCACCAACACAAACGAAAAUGUCAUCCUCCUCUUCAAUCUUCUCAUUCUCUCUUGUUCUCAUUCUACUUCUCCACGUUCAACCUUCAUCACCAUUCUCCCUCUCCGUCGAGAAUCACCAAGACGAUAUCAUACUCUCACCCAACCGCGCAUUCACCGCAGGCUUCUACCCCGUCGGCGAAAACGCCUACUGCUUCGCCAUCUGGUUCACCCAACAACACCGCCAAUCCGCCACCGUCGUCUGGAUCGCCAACCGCGACCAACCCGUCAACGGAAAACGCUCCUCCCUCUCCCUUCUCAAAACCGGCAACCUCAUCCUAACCGACGCCGACCAGUUCACCGUCUGGUCCACCAGCACCGCCUCGUUAAACUCGCCGGAUGUGGAACUUCUCGACACCGGUAACCUCGUCCUCCGUGACCGCCGCCGUAAUGAAACCAGCUCCAUCCUCUGGCAGAGCUUCGAUUUUCCGACGGAUACUCUGCUUCCAGAACAGAGCCUCACCAGACACAUGAAGCUCGUUUCUGCCAGAAGCGCCGGUAACUUCUCCUCCGGAUUCUACCAGCUUUUCUUCGACGACGAUAACAUUCUCCGUCUUCUCUACGAAGGACCGAGAAUCUCCAGCGUUUACUGGCCGGAUCCGUGGCUGGUGAGCAACAGCGGCGGCAGAACCACCUACAACAGCACCAGAGUCGCGAAACUGGAUCCAUUGGGAAGAUUUCACUCCUCCGAUAACUUCACCAUGAAAGCGUGCGACUACGGCACCGUCCUCCAGCGGCGAGUCACCCUCGACCACGAUGGUAACGUCCGUGUCUACAGCCGCAACGACGGUGAAUCAGAGUGGUCGGUUUCAGCGCAGAUUCAGCAAGAACCGUGCUUCAUUCACGGGAUCUGUGGUCCUAACAGCAUUUGCAGUUACGAUACCAGAUCUGGGAGAAAAUGCUCUUGCAUUCCAGGGUAUAGCUGGAUCAACAAUCAGGAUUGGACACAAGGUUGCAAACCGAAUUUCCAACGCUCUUGCAACAGAUCUGAAGCAGAUUAUCAGAUCCAGUUUAUACCUCAUGUUGAUUUCUACGGUUACGAUCUCGGAUCGUAUCCGAAUCACACUUAUCAACAAUGCGUGGAUCUGUGUUUGGGAUUGUGCGAGUGCAUUGGGUUUCAGCACACGUUUGCGAUUGAAAAUGGUUUGUUUUGGUGCUACCCCAAGACGCAGUUGCUGAAUGGGCACAGAUCAGAGAGUUUCAUUGGAUCUUUCUUUGUGCCGUUGCCGAGAAGCACUGAUAACAGCCUCAAUGAGCGUAACAGCUUGGUUUGUUCGGGAAAUGUGGCGGCGGAGCAGCUUGAGAGAGCGUAUGUGAAAGGGAAGGACAAUGGAUCUGUGAAAUUUGUGCUCUGGUUUGCGAGUGGUAUUGGAGGAUUUGAGCUUGUGUGCUUCCUUCUGGUGUGGUGUUUCUUGUUUAGGGAUAGCGGCGGAGACGAACAAGGUUAUGUUCUUGCGGCCGCAACAGGGUUUCAGAGAUUCGGUUACUCUGAGCUGAAGAAAGCUACCAAAGGUUUCAGCCAAGAGAUUGGAAGGGGUGCCGGAGGAACUGUGUAUAAGGGUGUGUUAUCGGAUAAUCGCGUUGCGGCGAUUAAGGUGUUGCACGCUGCGAAUCAAGGAGAGAGUGAGUUCCUUGCUGAAGUGGGAUUCAUUGGAAGGCUUAACCACAUGAACUUAAUUGGAAUGUGGGGGUAUUGUGCCGAGGGGAAGCACAGGAUUUUGGUGUAUGAGUACAUGGAAAACGGUACAUUAGCUAAGAAUUUGUCAUCAAAUGCACUUGAUUGGAGUAAGAGGUAUAACAUUGCUCUGGGAACGGCAAGGGGUUUGGCCUAUCUACAUGAAGAAUGCUUGGAGUGGAUUUUGCAUUGUGACAUAAAGCCCCAAAACAUACUUCUUGACGCUAAUUACCAACCCACGGUUGCGGAUUUUGGCUUGUCUAAGCUGCUGCAAAGGGAUGAUCUGAACAAUUCGAGCUUCUCAAGGAUAAGAGGAACAAGAGGUUACAUGGCACCCGAAUGGGUUUUCAACUUGCCCAUUACUUCGAAGGUGGAUGUUUAUAGCUAUGGAAUUGUUGUCCUGGAGAUGAUAACCGGAAAGAGCCCAAUGACGGGUAUCAUUCAAAUCUUAGAGGGAGCAGAACCACAUCAUGAGAGGUUGGUAACAUGGGUGAGGGAGAAGAAGAGGAGUGGAGCAAAAGGGGCAUCUUGGGUGGAACAAGUUGUUGAUCCUGCAUUGGGGAAAAAUUAUGACAUGAAUAAAAUGGAGAUUUUGGCAACGGUGGCUUUGGAGUGUGUCGCGGAAGACAAGGAUAUGAGACCCAGCAUGAGUCAAGUUUAUCAGAGGCUCCAGGCCGGGUCUUGAACAUGAUUCUUGAUUCUUGAUGAUCAUGGCUAUUUCUUUCCCUGUAUUUCAUCCUCUGUUACAGUUUCUGUUAGUAGUGUUAAUAUUUUCAGCUUAUGUUGAUAAAUAGAAUAAUAUGAAAGCACUUUAGAUGAUAGAAUUAAAACUUCAAAAAUCAUAUGACUAUAUAUAAAAAGGAAAGGAAGUACUACUGGAUAAAUAAGAUCAAUGUGAUCUCACUUAUGGCAGAUUUAA